GUUCAUGGUAAGUUGCCCUUUCUGACGUUCGCUUCCACGGCCCCCAUCCAAACAUAUCGCCGCGUUAUCACCUGCCAUCUCUGCGCCUUCGACACGCACUGGCACCUUACCACAUCUUACUAACAUUCUUCUCUCAUAUCGUAGUCCGACAGUCGACCUCCAAGGCCGCCUUGGGAUUCGGAAUCUCACGAAAACCACGCCCAACCCGAUGCUCCCCCGCCGAGAUCUCCCACAGCGAUAUCCCGAGAACGAUUUGAGGCUCUAGAGAGAUUUCACCACAGCAUCGACCGCAUCAGUCGCAACCUAGCUCUCGAACAGGCUGCCUCUAGAGUGCUCGCUCGGUCCAGGAUGUCCUCCGGCUCUGACCGGUCCCUUCGCCGGAGAUUUAACCAGGAUUCUCAACCGUCUAGCAGCUUCUUGCCGCCUGCCGUCCCAAGUUCAAGUUCUUCGACCCCUACACCACCCUUGCUUCCGUCACUUCGUUCGCUUGGAUCAAGACUGCGACCCGGCAUGUCGACGCCCGGAGGCCAAAACGGCCGCCCCCGCCCUUCCCGUUAUUGGCCCUCUGACCGAGCAAUGGAGUUGCACCGAACUCACAUGAACGCUGUUAGGGACCGCAGGUAUGCGACGCUCGGGGAGCUUCAAGACUCGUCCAGCUCUUCUCAACCCUCGCCCUUCGGUACGGGCACCCCUCCUGAAGAUGUCCAAGGAAUAGAAAACUAUCGGCGCGCAAAACGACGGAAGCUGGAUUCCGACAAGGUGUCGCCAAGUUAUAAAAGCGUUCUGUAUGGCAAAUACGGUCAGGUGGAACCGGGUCCGCUCCUUUUGGAGAUCGUUAGCUGUGACGGCGGCUUGUUCAGGGACGGUCGGGCCUAUGUGGCGGAGAAUAUCCUGAAAGACGACGCUUCGGUUUACUGCACAAGGACGAACCGGUGCAAUAUCAUACUACGACACCAAGGUGGUACUGUCUUCAGUUUGAAAGAGUUGGUGAUCAAAGCGCCUGGCUCACAUUACUCUCAACCAGUCCGAGAGGGGAUGGUGUUCGUCUCGAUGGAACAUGAUGAUCUGUUGAAACGUACAUCGCAAUAUCAAAUCCAGUAUGAACAGCCUGCGAAUCCACGACCCCGCGCAUCUCGCGAUACUCCAACGAUAUACUCGGUUCGACACGACGAUGAUGGCCGGAUUUACCCCUCGAGGUAUCGACGCGAUUACAUAUCAGAUCUGAUCAACACCAUAGAUGAUGACGAUGACGAUGAUGAAGACCAAGCAACAGCUGCGCUACCUCCAGAGUUUUCGGCCGCAGCCCAACCCUUCAAUGUUACGACCGAAUGCAGUGACGAUGAAAGCGAAGGAGACGAGAAUCACGUACGCCGUAGGCGAACCCCCAACAGGAUUGGUGCUUUGCCUUUCGAGAGCGACAGUAGUGACGAUGGAAGGGACCCAUGGAAUCCCACCUCUUUGGACUGGCCGAAUGAUAUCACUCGUGCGCAACACUCUGCUAGUUGGCGCAACGAGUACGACACGGCAACCCCAGAACUGGAGCGAGCUCGAGAAGCCUCACAGGUGGCUACGCAGGAGGCGGUACGAGCCGUUGGCGGAGCGCUCAUGUCUCCUCUGGCUCAGUUCUACAUUGAGAAGGACAAGAACAAGUGUACCAUCAAGUUCAACCCGCCGGUGAGCGCGCGGUACAUCUUGCUCAAGAUGUGGAGUCCACAUCCAGAUCCUCUCAAGAACAUUGAUAUUCAGGGGGUUAUUGCGAAGGGAUUUGCUGGUCCACAGCUAUUUCCAGCUCAAACGCUGCAAUGAGAGGUCAAAGAAGGAUCGGUUCUUGCAAAGCAUGCAUUAUCCGGUAUAACGGUCAGCAAUAUGAAUGUUCGAGUCGUUCCGAACCAGACGGAGCUUCAACGGAUCAGGGUCUGACGGUCAGCCCGGGGCAAGGGAGUUUGGAGUUUUGGUUAUGAUGCAUCUUGUUCAAAGGCGUCGGCUUCAUGGUACUUACCUCAACCAGAUGUUUCCCCAGUCGUACGUGACUCCAGAAGCGCGUAUCUUAUAGACUAGUGUUCGGGGAGGCCAGCAAGCUGUCCUCAACCCUUCCCUGAGGGUGUAAGGCUGGAUCCUGGGUUGUGGCCCGUACAGAGCUGGAUUCUAGGG